CAUAGAAUAUCUUAAUUGUAUUGUGCAUAGAUGUAACUUUCCCUUUCCAUCUGGCUCUGUUUCCCGCUCUUUCUCUCCCUCUCUUUCUGUUUUACUCUGUACCGCCCUCCUCCUUCUCUCUCUCCAGGUGGUUUUUGCCAUUUGUCCUUCAGUGGCUGGGUGAGAACGAGGACGUGUCCAUUGAGUUCAUGCAUGGAGCUCUAGAGAGGGACAAGAGGGAAGCGUUCCAGCAGACGUCGGAGCAUGCUCUGUUCUCCACUUCAGUAGUGGACAUCUUCACCCAGCUCAACCAGAGCUUUGAGAUCAUCAGGAAACUAGACUGUCCAGACCUCAAGGUCCAGGCCCACUACAACAGACGCUUCGCCAAGACCAUCACCAAGGUGCUGAUGCAGUACUGUACUAUCCUGUCCAAGGAGUUCCCCUCCUACUGCCAAAAGGAGAAGAUACCCUGUGUGUUGAUGAAUAACAUACAACAGAUGCGGGUCUUGUUGGAGAAGAUGUUUGAGUGCAUGGGGGCUAAACAGCUGGACUCCGAGGCAGCGGACAUCUUGAAUGACCUGCAGCUCAAACUGACCACUGUCCUGGACAACCUGAGCUCCAUGUUUGGCAAGAGCUUCCAGGCCCGUAUGACUGUCUGCAUGCAUCAGGCGGCUGAGAUCCUGUACCAGAUCACAGGUCAUCCUAACCGCCAGACGGCCGAGGCCGACGCUGACAACAUGCUGAGUCCUCUCAUGGACUUCCUGGAUGGAAAUCUGAGUCUGUUUGCUGACACCUGUGAGAAGACGGUUCUGAAGAGAAUACUGAAGGAUCUGUGGAAGAUUGUUCUGAGCAGCUUGGAGAAGACCAUCAUCUUACCUCAGAGUAACAAUGGUUUCGGAGCUCACAUUCUGACUGCUGCCAAGGGGCUGUCUAACCUGAAGGGAGGGGGCGAGGCCAAAAGCCUUACAACCAAACAGUGUGUCAUAAUGGAGGCUGCGCUGGAAACUAUUAAGCAAUACUUCCAUGCGGGCGGUAAUGGUCUGAAGAAGACCUAUGUGGAGAAGAGUCCUGAGCUGUCUAAGCUGAAAUACAUUCUGUCCCUCUACUCUCAGAGCACUGAUGCACUGAUUAAGACCUUUGUCACCACACAGCACACCCAGGUUCAUAAUGAGAUGGGCAUCAGGAUUACUCCAAGUGAGAAGGUUUGGCCUGAAAGAGGUUCAGGAGCGGAGAUGUCUAUUGGUGAAGCCCAGAUCCAGAUAGACAUGGUGCCUCCAGGCAAAGACAAGGUCCACAAGGUCAACAUCAGAGUGAUAGCAGUGAAUGAUAUGAAGUGGCAGACAUCAGGGAUGUUCCGUCCCUUUGUGGAGGUCAAUAUGAUUGGUCCACUGCUCACUGCCCAGAAGAGGAAGUUCACCACCAAGUCAAAGAAUAACAGCUGGACAGCCAAGUACAACGAGGUCUUCCAAUUCAUCCUGGGUAAGGAGUCUCCAGACUGCUAUGAGCUGCAGGUGACGGUGAAGGACUACUGUUUCGGCCGGGCCGACCGUGUUGUGGGCGUGGCCGUGGUCCAGCUGAGGGAUGUAGCUGACAGGAAGUCAUGCGUGUGCUGGUGCCCACUGGGUAGAACCAUCCAGAAGGACGAGACCGGCGCGACGGUGAUGCGUAUCCUGUCUCAGCGGACGGCCGACGAGGUGGCCAAGGACUUUGUCAAACUGAAGGAUGAGACACGCCCUGUAGAGGAGGGGAGAUGAUGAGGAAGGAGGAGAGAAGGAGAGGGGAGAAGGAGAGGAGAGGAGAGAAGGAGAGAGGAUAGGUAGAGGAGAGGAUGGGUAGAGGAGAGGGAGAGAGGAGAGGUAGAGGAGAGAGGAUAGGUAGAGGAGGGGAGGAGAGAGGAGAGGAUGGGUAGAG